AUGGCCUGUGCUCCAUCUACGGUGAAGGUGGCCGCCAUCUCCCUGCUGGUGAUCCUGUGCGCCGGAACACAGCUCACGGCCGUGCAUGGCCGUGGCCCAGCCCUCGACGUUGCGGAUGGCGGUGAGGAAGACGUCGGCACGGCCCUGCUGCGGCUCGUGAAGCCCACGUCGGCGGCGCUGGACGAGCUGGCCCAGAAGCUGCGUCAGGGCUGGCUUCAGUGCAGUGAAUCGUGUCAGACUUGUAUAUUCGUUUGCGCAUGCCAGAACUGUGAGUGUGACGGCCCGCCAUCGGAGGAGAACAAUAAGUGUGAGCGGGAUUGCAUCCAGAGAAGGGGCUGCGAAUCAUUGUGA